UCUAGCGCAUGCGCAAAUGUACGUGAAGCCGAGCAAAAAGAGAAGACCGCAUGCUAUGGUUGUUCGGAAAUUCUUCGAAUUCACGAUCUUAAAGUCAUGAUUCACAGCAAAUAUAGCAACAAAUAUCUCAAUUGGUAUUUUCCAAAGCCACGAAACGUGCAUUGAGUUUGGAGCGAUAUCUGAAGUGAAGAUUGAAGACGUGAUAGAAGAUGGACGACUACUGCUAUGCUAAGAUGGCGACGUCCGCUAAAAGAGAACAUGAAAGAGAAUCAGCGCCACCAACUUCCAGCAAAUCACCAACGGAGAUAAAGACGAAAAAUGAAGACGUCCAGCAGCUGAUGGGUAAUCCAGAAGAAGUUUCCCCUCAGUUAGGGGGGAGCUCCACUUUGAAGCAGGAGACUCCACAACCACCCUGCAUUAAAAAGGAAGAGGAGGAACUCUGCAUCACUCAGGAGGGAGAGUGUCUUCUAGGACGAGAGGAAGCUGAUUACACCAAGUUUCCACUGAGUAUUCUCUCUGUGAAGACUGAAGAUGAUGAAGAGAAACCUCAAGUAGACAACCUCUCAGCUCCACUAUCAGAUAGUGAGGCUGAAGACGAGGUUGAAGAACCUUUGAGCAGCGAUAAAGACUGUGAAGGUGAUAUGAGGACUCACACUGACAACAAACACUCUGAAUGCUCUACAAAGAAGAGAGGUAAAACAUGUUUGAGCUGUUCAGUUUGUGCUGAAAGUUUUACUCAAAAGAGCCAUUUGACUCGACACAUGAGAACACACACAGGUGAAAAAACAUUUACUUGUUCCGUUUGUGGCAACAGCUUUUUUCAAAAUAGCCAUUUGACUCAACACAUGAGAACACACACAGGUGAAAAACCAUUUAAUUGUUCAGUUUGUGGCAAAAGCUUUUCUCGAAAUAUCCAUUUGACUCAACACAUGAGAACACACACAGGUGAAAAACCCGUUAGUUGUUCAGUUUGUGGCAAAAGCUUUUCUCGAAAUAGCCCUUUGACUGAACACAUGAGAACACACACAGGUGAAAAACCAUUUAAUUGUUUAGUUUGUGGCAAAAGCUUUUCUCGAAAUAGCCCUUUGACUGAACACAUGAGAACACACACAGGUGAAAAACCAUUUAAUUGUUCAGUUUGUGGCAACAGCUUUUCUCAAAAAAGCUGUUUGACUCAACACAUGAGAACUCACACAGGUGAAAAACCCUUUUCUUGUUCAGUUUGUGGCAAAAGCUUGUCUGUUAAGAACACUUUGAUUGAACACAUGAGAACACACACAGGUGAAAAGCCAUGUAAGUGUUCAGUUUGUGGCAAAAGCUUUUCUUUUAAAAGCCUUUUGACUCAACACAUGAGAACACACACUGGACUAAGACCAUUUAAUUGUUCAGUUUGUGGUAAAACCUUUCCUUAUAACAGCUCUUUGUGGCGACACAUGAGAACACACGCUGGAGAAAAACCAUUUAGUUGUUCAGUGUGCUGUAAAAGGUUCACAUAUAAAGCAGACGCAGUAAAACACAUAAGAACACACAAGGGAAAAUAACCAAUUAGCUGUUUAGUUUGUGGUAUGUUGUUCAUAUUUGGUGACAUCCACCCUACCCAGGACCUCCUCACUGCUUCUUUCACAAAUAUCUGAGGUAUUCAUACAAACUUGGAUCAUUUGGAGCAUAAUCUUAUCCACUCAUGACCCCAUGUCUUCUCUGUAUCUGAAACCUUCCUGAACAGUAAGAUAGAUGAUGCUUCAAGUGCUUGGUUACUCCUUCUUCAGUCCAGGGACCUGGGGCCUCAUGUGUCAAGUUUGUGCACGCUCAAAAACCUGCACUACACCCUUUUUCACUGCAAAGUUGAGAUGUAUCAAAACUGACGUUGGGAUGCUGGGUAACUGUUUGCAUAACAAACUGCCAACAUUUACUCUGAUUGAUGUGCAAAUCAGAGACAUAUGAACAAUUAACCCCCAACACCCACAACCCAACCCCCACUUCCCUCGACAUUUGGGCAUAACAGGUUCAAUCCGGCCCGCGAGAUGAGUUUGCGAAGUGUAAAAUUUAGCUGCAUUUUUUUAAUGAAAUAAACUGCUGUUCUAAUUGUGUCCACUGGAUGUCGCAAUAGCAAUUCUGUUAGGCAAGCAAAUAGUUUAUACCGGGGCGAGCAAGUAUACUAAGCAAGAGGUACACGUUAAAGCGGGACUGUGACUCCUCCCCCUCCACCCAACGUAAAACAGGAGUAAAAUAAGCAAUCAGUAACCCCACUUAAAAUGCAGCAUGAGACACUGCACACUGAUAUAGUUCUGUGAAAAUGUAAAGAAAGUGAACAGUGUGUGAUUUACUGCAAUACUGUCAGUCUUUUAACUUUUUAUUUGUGCUUUGUUGAAAUUGUUCACACAUUGCACUGCUUUUAUUUUUCUAUCAAUACACAUUAUGUCUAGAAGACAGGAAGUAACUCAACACUCUUGAAUAGUUUCUACCUCAGUUUGUAUGGUUUGUUGAGUUAGCACAGGAUUAACUAACUUGAAGUAUUUUGUCAAGUGGAUUAUUUGUGAUAUGUACAUUUUCAGAACGUGCUCGUUCUAUUUU